AUGAUGGGAACACCAACUCAGUCUGCGCCGAAAUAUUCGGAAAUAUCAAACUCUUGCAGUCGAGUUAAAAGAUCUGUACAGACUGAACAAAGUGACAUUGAGGUCCGGAGCCAGUGUACAGGCAGAGUGGCAGACCCGCAACAGUGCGAUGCUUACACGGACUGCAUCAACGGAUCGCCGGAACCCGCCGUCUGUCCGGACGGGCUCGUCUUCUCACCAGAGGCUAACGGCUACCCCUGCCUUUACCCUCAGGAAGUGGACUGCACGGGGAGACCUGCUAUCCGUAAGUACUAA